AUGGACGAAGAGAACUCCAGCAGCACUAAGAAGGAGAUAAAUGGAGGAGAAGAAGUUAGAUACAGAGGAGUGAGAAGGCGGCCGUCAGGGAAAUACGCGGCGGAGAUAAGGGAUUCCAAUAGGCAUGGGGUUAGGGUGUGGUUGGGAACUCAUACUACUGCAGAAGAAGCUGCAAGAGCUUAUGAUAAAGCUGCCUUUGAAAUGAGAGGUCGUUUUGCAGUUCUUAACUUCCCCCAUGAAUAUCCAUUUUUCUCCUCUUCAUGUCCUUCAUCAUCAUCUUCUUCAUGUCUAAUAUCGUCAUCUUCAUCAUCGUCAUCCUCAUUGAAAGAGGUGAUUGAAUUUGAGUACUUGGAUGACAAAUUGUUGGAGGAACUUCUUGGAUUGGAAUCUCAUGAUGACAAUACCCGUUUUGAGUAG